CGGAUUGCGUCAAAUUAUGAAGCCGUGAAAGACCUAUGCAAUAUUGGCAACAAAAGAAAUAAAACAGGGAGAAAAGACAGGUAAGGAGAAACAGAGGUUUUCUUCUAGAAGCAAGGGCAAAUAUGGAAAUUCGAAUUUUCUUUUCUUAAAAACAAUCAUCCAUUUGAAAUCUCUAAGACAUCCAAUAUUUUCCCGCACAAAAAGCAAUCCACAAUUUCACUUGCAAACUCACAUUCACCUCCCCAAAACAAAUGCAAAAUUAAACCCUAAUCUUACAAAUUCGAAAAUCCUCACCAAAUCCAACCAAAAAUAUGGCCUCAAAUCCCGAAGAAGCACUGUGCAAUUCCCUAACCGACGAAGAAACAGUGGCAUUACGAAAAAAGCGGUCACGGCGCGUGAGCUUCGCCGACCGCGAAAUUACCUCCGUUCAUAUCUUCAACCGCGACGAGGAUUUUGAAACCCCUCCCGAUUCCUCUUCGGCAAAGAAGCAGAGCUCACACAGUAUCUCCGAAGCAGAGAACGAAGUGAUAGGGUUUUUCAGAGACCUUGCUGAUAGUGAUGAUUAUAAAGACAUGUCGCCAAAUGAUGAUAAUGAGGAUGAUGAUGACGAUGGUGCUGUUACUGCCAGGAAGUCAUUUUUGAGACCGAUUGAAUCCCCGUCUCCUGGCAGUAGUACUGUUGUGGGGUCUGCUACUUCCAAUGAUGAGGACAACUUCUUUGGGCCUGUAUCCACGAGUUUCAUUAGACACAGGACAUUAUCUGAUUCUGCAGCAUCAGACGAUAAUCAUGAUGUUACAAUGGAUUCAACAGCAUUUUCAAUGCAUUUCCGCAGUCUUGCAAGAUCGGAUUCAGGAGGAAAUACAUUUAUUGAAGAGAAAACACCUUCUCACAUAACUACUCCUAAUUCAGGAAGUUUAAUGGUUCUAACAAAGGCUAAGAAGAUAGUUCCGCAGUUCUCUCUUCCUGUUGAAAAAGUUAGUGGUGGUAGAGAUUCAAAUGACAUGAGUCUUGUGGGAGAAAACCCACGAAAUUAUGAUUAUGGGAAAUUAUCUCCUAGACUAGAAGCACUUUUGGCAGAAGGCAGCAAGGAUGUGAAAGAUAUCUUUGUUUCUGAUUGUAUCAAUCCAAAAUCAUUGAAGAGGAGUGGGGCUUUCAUGUCUGAUGAGAAUUUGGAUGGCCACAAAGAUCAAAGGGAUUAUGAAGAUAAAGCAACAGGCAAUACUGGUAAUCUUGGCAUAUCUACUGUGGGAGUAUCUGUACAUCGCAUGGAAUUAGAUGAGGCGAAUAGUAUUUUCUCAACCAAUCAUGUUGAUCAGAUUAUUAGUGGUUCCUCAUCUCACAAAAAUGAAGAUUUGGUAGCUGAUAUAUCUGUUGAUCAGGGCAGGGAAACUCCUAAUCAACGGAACAAAAUGAAUAAUGACUAUACUAAAGCUACGGUAGGGACAAAUUUCCCUGCUGUUAGUGGGGUUGGGCCACAGAGUAUGGAUGGUGAAGUUAUUCAGUUUAAUCCAUUUGAACAAUAUGAAUCUAGACAUAUUUCAAAUGAUGGCUGCUUGGAAAAAAAUUCUCCCAAGGAUAGGAGAGGCAAUUGUGGCAUUUAUCAGAAUCCUGAUCGACAACUUAGAUCUCCACUAGUUGGAUCCACACCAUCAAUGUCUGACAAACAGCAGAAAAUAUUUUUUAAUGCUGCUAAAGCCAGUGGACAAUUAUCAUAUGUUACUCCUUCUCCAAAGCAACCAGGUUCCUUUAUAGGCAAGGAAAACAUAAGGAGUGAUGAGAUUAUGCGGUCUACUCAUAGAAGCAGUUCUAGGUUCAACAUUUUUGAGCCUUCCCCCCUUGCCAAUACUUUGAAAGAUGGAAUUGAAAGAUCAAAACUCAGAUUAUCAAGGCUCCAUUCUUCUACAACUUUUCCCUGCAAUGAUGUUGCUGAAGAAAACUGCAUAGAUAUCAGGAGGAGAAAUGUGGAUGCCCCAGUUGUUAACUUAGAAGAGCAUCUAUCCACUGUUGAUGACAAGAACAGACAUCAUGAGAGAACAGGAUACAUGGGCAAUACUGGUAUUGGGAAUUUGAAGAACCAUGGUAGUGUGAGCAAAAACCAGGGAGUUGUAACCCUUGCAGAAGAAGAGGAAUCUCUGAUUCCAAUGCCUAAACGCAUUCUUUCUGAGGAGGAAGCUAAUCAGAUGAUGACAGAAGUGGCUUCACCUUUUCAGUUCACUCAGUCACAUAAGAAAGCCAGGCAACAUAUUUUGAUGCCAGAGAAGUCUGCACAACACACCAUGGUUGUUUUUGGAUCUGAUUCGUCAUCAAUUGACAUCAAACUGGAUCAUAGAAACAAUGUAAGAACAAUGAAUCCACCUGAUGACUUUGUUUCUUCUCCAGCAAAGACGUUGGAUCAGAAGUUAUCCUCAUCAGCAGAACAACAGGGCACUCUCUCUCAUGACUUUCAGAAUGAGGAGCUUAUUAGCACUGGCUUAGGACAAGAUAAGAGUUCAACAGGUAACAUUGCCAGUGACAGCUUAUCUUCUCCUAAGCCAGUGCUAACAAGCUGUCAUGACAACCAAAGUUAUCCUACCAAUUUGCUACAUGCAUCUGAAACUUUACCUAGUUUUGGAACUCCUUUGAGGGAGAGGGAUGCCCUGAAGUUUCUUUCGGGAAACUCCAAUAAGAAUGUUCCAUUAGCAAGUAAGAAAAUCCUUUCUGGAAAGGAAGUUCCUGUGGAACGGAAUGAAGCUUUUCUUCAUACUUCAGCUUCCCCUUCCAUUCGUAGGGGAAUUUUUAGUGAGACAGCCCACCUCAAGAUUCCUUUCCAGAAAGAAAUGACUCAGAGUCCCAUCAAACAGGAGCUAAUGGGGAGUCCCUCUAGGAAAGAUCUGUUUGAGGUAUCAAAUGAUGACAAUGUGCAAUCUUUGGCUGGAAAAAGCACAUCAUCUACCAACUCCACUUCCAAUGGACCUGCUCAUGGUGACAGCCGUUUGGAGUUCCAUAUUUCUAAUACUCAAAUUUUUGCACAAGACACAGAAAACUCUUCUCUGCGCAAAAGAGGAAUUGAAGAAUCAGUUCCGGAGGAUGCAAGCCAUGUAGAUAAAAUUCCAAGGACUUGGAGGAGCCCAAACAUUCAUAAAACAAGUGGCACAAAAAUGAAGCGCUGGGGUGAUAUUUUGCUAAAAUUCUCAACAGAUACACAACAGCUGCUCUCACCAUUAGCUGAUAAACUAAAUAUGAGAUCGAUUGGUGCACUGCAAGAUAUUUUGGUUCACCUGCAGAAUAUUAAAAUUUAUGAGACACUAUGUUCCCAGAUAAGGUCUCAGAAAAUAUGUGAUCAGUUGAGUGAAGUUAGGAAUACCAGAGUAGCUGAAACAAAAAUGCUGCUUUAUAAGUUAGCAUAUGAAAAGGCAAAGCAGCAAUUAAUGUCUGUCAAUCGUGAACAAAUGCUGAAAAAAGCACAGCAACUGAGCUCUGCAGUUCAAAAGUCUCAGAUGCUGAAUUCAAAUAGAAAAUGUCUAUUUUUUCCUGGUGAUGUAGGCACUACAAUCAGAGACGAUUUGGGCAGCAAAGAUGAGGUUGCCAUGGAAAAGGUCUCCACGAAAAAGCAUGAGCUUGAAGCUUUAGAUAGAAAAAUAAUGAAUCUAAGCAAAGUUUUCCAUAGUUACUGCAAAAUGAAAGGAGAACCAGGCUGUUCUGAGACUAUUGUAAUGCUAAAUGAUCACCUGAAGAAGAAAACCUCUUGCAGGUUUAUACAUGAGGAUUUACAGCUGUGGGAAGUUGAUGAUUUUGGGAACAGGAAUGGUACACAAAAUAUUGCUCUCAACUACCAAAACUUAGUCAUCCAAAGGUUUGUAAUAAAUGAUGGUCCUAUUCCUAGCAUAUUUGUUUCAAACAAAUUGGAUGACCUAAACAUUGCAAAGAACUUCCCUAACAUGGAUGCUUGCAUGGCAUUUGCGUUUGUUCUAAAUGUUAAGACCACAAAGAAACAUGUUGGGUCCAAAAGUUUUGCUCAAGAAACACAAAUAACUUGCUCACUUCUACAUAAUCUGCUUGAUGUGGUUGGAGAAGUACAAUUAGCACAAGUAGAAGUUAGAAGUCUGGUUCGGACAAGCUUUCACUCUUCCUCAGGUGAGCAGCUUGAUUUGCAGCUUUUUUUCAUUGAUCCUAACAGUGGCAUGAAGGUGCUGAUGACCCUUGACAUCACAUGUUUGAACUGUGGGGUUUAUCCUUCAGAAAUCUUUCCAUAUCGGCUACAAGCCUUAGUUGCUGGGACAUACAUGCCACUUGCAGAGUCACUAUCGGCUAAAAUAAAAGCUGCAGCCGAUGGUCUUACAGUUGGGUAUUUGAGGAUUAUAAGACUGUGCAGGUGUAUUUCCCAGGUGUUGGAGUCCUUAAGCACAUGAACAUGUUCAGUUCCUUUUGAGACCACAUAUAUGUUUUCUUGCUUUUGGUUGGAUGCCUGGUCCUCCUGGACUUUAUAAUACAGAUACCUUUCUCCUCUCUCUAACAGAUUAGAUAUGUAGUAAUGUCAGACAUGCCCUAAUUAUCA